AUGGCUUUCAGACCAACACCAAUUAGCUGGUCAAAAUCGCUUGGUCUGAAGUGGCAACGCAAUUCAUCAACAAUGUACCAACAGCUGCACAAUUGUCCACAAGCAAGAAGCAUUCUACAACCUUUGUCCAAUGCUAGUCGAAUGGCUCAAACGACACAACCGAUGAAACAACAACAGCAACAACAAGCACAACCAAUAAACCAAAGAAGGUAUUUCAGCUACUACUACUAUCAAUUUCCCAAAAUUCCUAGACCAAAGAGAAGUGUGUUUUAUUAUAGUACAUGGUCUAGAUCUGGAAGUAAUAAUGGUGGUAACCUUGGUGGUGGUGGUGCCUACGGUCCCAUGAUGAAUGGCAAUAGAUCAUACUAUAGAUUCACUAGAUUUCCAUUUCCUAGAAUUUCCAAAAAACUGUUUUCAUCAGCAAAUCAAAAGAUUAAAAACAAAACUCAAAAGAUUCAAAAACGUUUCUUUUCAAAAGAAGCUAGAGCAAGAAGGCAACAAAGAAGGAAAUUUAUCAAGUGGUGGACCAUAACUUCAUUGACUAUUGUUCUUGGUGGUGUAGCCGCAAAGAUCAAAUACGAUCGUGGUGAAGAACAUGAGAAUCCAUACAAAAUUAGACCUCAUUCUUGGCAAUUGUAUGCGUACUCGACUCUUCCAUUAAAGACAAUUUCCCGAUUAUGGGGAUAUGUAAAUUCAAUCGAUUUACCGGUUUUUCUUAGGUCACCACUGUAUCGAUUAUAUGCAGCAAUCUUUGGUGUGAAUUUGGAUGAAAUGGAAAACCCUGAUUUGAAAAGUUACAAGAAUUUAUCGGAAUUCUUUUAUCGUACAUUGAAGCCAGGAGUACGACCAAUUUCUGAUGACGACGUUGUUAGUCCUGCUGAUGGGAAAGUGUUGAAGUUUGGUGUUAUUGAUCAGGGUGAGAUUGAGCAAGUUAAAGGAAUGACUUAUUCAAUUGAUGCAUUGUUGGGAAUGUCGACAACGAGAAAAUUAGCUGCCCCUACUCAUUCAACUCAAUUUGAAGACUUUGAUGGUGAUGAAGACGAUGAGACAAGAGUUAAACGUCAUGAGGAGUUUGCUAAAUUGAAUGGGAUUUCGUACACAGUGGAUGAUAUUCUUGGUGGAGAAAAUGAAAAUACCCAUCACAUGAAUAAAUUGAAUUACACCGAUGUUAAGGAAGGUACGGCAAAAGGAGAUAAAGCUUCGUUUUCAAAAGAGCUAGCAGUGGCUGAAGAAUUGGCUCCCAAUCCAAUGGAAUCAUUCCGCCACAAGCAAUUGUAUUUUACUGUUAUUUACUUGGCACCAGGUGAUUACCAUCAUUUCCAUUCGCCAACCAGUUGGGUUGCCACUUUGAGACGUCAUUUUAUUGGUGAGUUAUUUUCAGUGGCGCCAUUUUUUCAAAAAACUUUACAAGGUUUGUUUGUUCUUAAUGAACGAGUGGCCUUGUUGGGAUAUUGGAAGUAUGGAUUCUUCUCAAUGGUUCCCGUUGGAGCAACAAAUGUUGGUUCAAUUGUGAUUAAUUUCGAUAAAGAUUUAAAGACCAACCUGUACUAUGAAGAUGAAGUUUAUGGAAACGGGUCUUACUCAUCUGGCUCUUCUUCUUCUUCUUCGUCGUCGUCGUCGUCUACAUUAGCAUCGCCAUCUGGAUCAGACCUGGAAAACAAGCCUUUACUCCAAAGGGAAUAUUCAGCAUCAACAAUUUUCCAAGAAAUUGAAGAACGUAAGCGGAAAAAGAAGUUGAAAAAGAAUACAGUUUAUGAGGCUACUUAUACCAAUGCAAGUAGAAUAUUGGGCGGAUACCCCUUGUCUAAAGGUCAAGAUAUGGGCGGGUUCAAAUUAGGAUCAACUGUGGUUUUAGUAUUUGAAGCUCCUGAUAAUUUCAAAUUUGAUAUUGAUGUCGGUGAAAAGGUUAAAGUUGGUCAAUCAUUGGGAAAGUUUGUAUAG